AUGUGGAGCGGACGAACCGAUCUCCAAUCGGCGGAUCCGGACAGCGUGGGGUCCGAUAGAUACCUCAGAGAUGGAAACCUCCACAAGCAACACGUCAAAGGUGACACGCCUGACGAGGAUUCGGAGGAGUAUAGAAGCGGAUCAGAAGAGGGAUCGGUUGUGCUUGUUCAACACGUACCAGAGAUCUACUCUGGAGGAUCCGGAAACGAUGGACCGAAAGAAGGCGAGCUGAGGUGCAACACAAAGAACGACAGGAGGGCGAAGGCGACCGAUCAUCUCAAACUAAAGAAGAAAAGGAAAAGCAAGAACGCGAAGCGAUUCUCGAAUAUAGCCAAAAGCAACCGACAGAUCAUACAGAGCGCAAGGAGGGCGAGGAGGAUCAGGGGAGAAGCGCAUAAGGAUCGGGUAUCAUCCAACCCGAUGCAUAUCGACAACCUCAUCACUCAUGAGAACGUAGACGCCAAGAAGCAGCAGAAUGGCAAUACGGACAGAGUUCUGCCUGAUCCCAUUCGACUCCCCCGUCGAGCCGCGAGGACGGCGCUGCAGCAUCUAUCUAAGAUCUUCAGUAUACCUAUGGCCCAGCUCGAUCCCCUUCUGCUCUCUCCAAAGAUCUACGCCUACGCACCAUCUCGUAUCCCAGAACACCCUGGUCUCGAUCAGUUGGACGUCUUGAUGAUUGGGUGGGAGAACCAACAAGGGGGUGAGGGUACGGUUGAAAGGGUUGGGCUAGAGCUGGCUUGUGCCUGGGUCUUGGCUUGGGAGAUGAAGGAAGAUGCUUCGUUGCCAUAUGAGAUUGAGCAGCGGUUGAUCGCCGCGCUCGAUAAGCUAGCCUACGAAUGAUGUUCUGGAG